AUGGGAAUGAAGCUCCAAAGCUAUUUCUCUGUUUUGAUCCUCUUCUCUUUAUGCCUCUCAGCCUCAGCUCAAACUUGCAGAAGCUACAAUGGAUUUACCAACAACGAAGUAUUUGCAGCUUGUGUAGAUCAUCCAGUACUCAACUCUUUCCUUCAUUGGACCUUAAUUCAAUCAAAUAAUACCUUGAGAAUUGCUUUCAGACGCCCUUCUACCGGUCCUAAUCAAUGGAUUGCUUGGGCUAUUAACCCACAAAGUCUCAACAUGAUUGGCUCUCAAGCUCUUGUAGCUUACAGAAAUUCCUCUGGAAUCGCUCGUGCUUACACUUCCAAUGUGGUUUUGCCUGGUCCAACCCUGCAAGAAAGCAGCAUAAGCUUUGAAGUUCCUCAACUCAGAGCCACUUAUGUCAAUAACGAAAUGACCAUUUUUGCUACCAUUAUUCUUCGAGAAAAUCUAACCACAAUUAAUCAAGUAUGGCAAGAAGGCCCUUUGAAUGGAGAUUCUCCGGCUUCUCAUGCCAUAACAGAUGCCAACAAAGCUUCAAGAAAUACCCUCGAUUUGCUUACUGGAUCAAGCACAGCAGCUUCGGAUACCGUUCAAAAGAAGAGAAACACUCAUGGAGUUUUGAACGCUGUUAGUUGGGGAACUAUGAUGCCUAUGGGAGCAAUUUUCGCUAGAUACUUGAAAGUUUUCAAAGGAGCAGAUCCAGCUUGGUUUUACCUUCACGUUGGUUGUCAAGCCUCCGCCUACGCCGUCGGUGUCGCCGGUUGGGCCACCGGUAUAAAACUCGGCAGCGAUUCCCUCGCUGUUGAAUACAACACUCAUCGCAACAUCGGAAUCACCCUCUUCGUCUUCGGAACUCUUCAGGUUUUCGCUCUGCUUUUGAGGCCAAACAAGGAUCAUAAAUACAGAAUUUAUUGGAAUAUUUACCAUCACUCUAUCGGAUACAGUGUGAUUGUUCUUAGCAUCAUCAACGUCUUUAAAGGAUUAGAUAUCUUGAACCCAGAUGGAAAAUGGAAACGAGCUUACACCGGAAUCAUCAUCUUCUUGGGCGCCGUCGCCGUCGUUCUUGAAGUCAUUACAUGGAUCAUUUGCAUCAAGAGAAAGCGAUCCAACUCUGAUAAGUUUCCUCAUAACAUCAAUGGCGUAAAUGGGAUCAAUGGAAAUGCUACAAGAGGAGAAAACAGAGUUUGAGUCUAAUCUUCCCUGAUUUUGGAGGGUUUUCUUUUUGUGUUUGAUUUACAUUUUGAGUGUUCUUUAUUUCUUUUUUUGUGUUUUUCUUAUUUGGGUUUAGUAGUAGUGAUGAUCAUAUUGUAGAAUAUUAAUUUUGUUAUUAUAUUUAUACAUAAUUCUUUUUUUUUUUUUCUUCAAA